UCCUUCCGUUUGACUGAGCGGAAGCAGUUGCACCGCCCACAGCAAGAGGCUGCUGGGAUUCGCAUCAUGAACUCGCUGGAACAGGCCGAGGACCUCAAGGCUUUUGAGAGACGACUGACUGAAUAUGUGUCAUGUUUGCAACCUGCGACUGGCAGAUGGAGAAUGAUUUUGAUAGUGGUUUCUGUUUGUACUGCAACUGGGGCCUGGAACUGGCUGAUAGACCCUGAUACACAGAAGGUUUCUUUCUUUUCUUCACUAUGGAACCAUCCUUUCUUCACCAUCAGCUGCAUCACUCUCAUCGCCCUGUUUUUUGCUGGAAUACACAAAAGGGUGGUGGCUCCUUCAAUUAUCGCUGCCCGCUGUCGAACUGUUUUAGCAGAAUACAACAUGUCAUGUGAUGAUACAGGAAAACUCAUUCUUAAACCACGGCCAAAUAUCCAGUAACCAGCUAGUGCUCCAUCUACUUACCAGCCAUUGGCUACUGCAGUGAACACCCCCUUUUGGGUGCAUAUGUUGCCAUGAUGGUGGACAUGUGUGAGAAGAAAGGAGGAAAAUAAUUGAACUUCUUUUUAAGAAAAUCGCUGUGCUGAUUGCUGCUGACUGUCACUCAAACAGAUGUUUUGACUGUGUUAAUUGAAAUGUCUUUAUUUCUGUAUACCAUGUUGAGCAUGUAUUUUAUCUAAAUAUUUGUAUUUUAAAGAACUAUUUACCUAAUAAAAUCUCGUGUUGUUAAUCGUGUUUGGGUGUUCAACUC